AUGAAGGUUAGUUUUGACCAACUUCACACCAUACUGGUGGAAAUUAAAGCUAUCGUGAAUUCGCGGCUCCUUACUUAUGUGUCUGGCGACGCAUAUUCCUACGAAGUUUUGUCUCCACAAAAGUUGCUGACCGGAAGACAACCUGGAGCUGCAUCAGAGUCACCUGACUCAACGAAGAUGAGCCAUGACGACCUCAUCGAGCUGGACAAACAGAGGAGCGAACAUGCCUUGACAUGGUGGAGGCUCUGGCAAGAGUCAUACCUGUCUGAUCUUAAGCGAUUUCACUGUCGCAAGGGAAAGGGCACCAGAAUUCCACGUGUUGGCGAAAUCGUCCUGCUGAAGGAACCUAACAUCAAUCGUGUUUCGUGGCUGACGGCCAUUGUUACAAGAGUGAUCCUUGGAACCGACGGCAAGGUGCGAGCGUUUGUUUUACGACUACGUUCAGAAAUCCAAGCCGAUAUCGACACGCCCGUCGACGAUACUGGAAUCGGCACAGUGGAGAAGACUACGUAUACGAGGAAGAAGAAUCCGCUCAGUAAGAAGAAUUUGGAAUCGCGCAAGGACGCUGGCGAUUCUGGCAGGGAGGUUGUUGCGGAUUGUCAAAGUCCUUCAGAAGAUAGAGUCUCUAAAUUUGGAAGGCCCGCCACCAGGGGCACUGCCAAGCAGAGCCUUCUUGGUGGCCGAUAUCAGCAAUAG